CGUGCUCGGGAAGGAGAAGGCCGCCUUCCGUGCUGCUCCGGUGCUGCUCGGUGCUGCGCCGCCGCUGCUCCGCCAUGGCUCGCGGUCCGAAGAAGCACCUGAAGCGUGUGGCCGCCCCGCGUCACUGGAUGCUGGACAAACUGACGGGCGUGUUCGCGCCCCGCCCGUCGGCCGGCCCGCACCGCCUGCGGGAGUGCCUGCCGCUCGCCAUCUUCCUCCGCAACCGUCUCAAGUACGCGCUGACGGGCGACGAGGUGAAGAAGAUCUGCAUGCAGCGCCUCAUCAAGGUGGACGGCAAGGUGAGGACCGACGUGGCCUACCCGGCGGGCUUCAUGGACGUCAUCAGCAUCGACAAGAGCGGCGAGCACUUCCGCCUGGUGUACGACACCAAGGGCCGCUUUGCCGUGCACCGCAUCACGCCCGAGGAGGCCAAGUACAAGCUGUGCAAGGUCAGGAAGGUCUUCGUGGGCACCAAGGGCAUCCCGCACCUCGUGACGCACGACGCGCGCACCAUCCGCUACCCGGACCCGCUCAUCAAGGUCAACGACACCGUGCAGAUCUCGCUGGACACCGGCAAGAUCACCGACACCAUCAAGUUCGACACGGGCAACCUGUGCAUGGUGACCGGAGGCGCCAACCUGGGCCGCAUCGGCGUCAUCACCAACCGCGAGCGCCACCCGGGCUCCUUCGACGUGGUCCACGUGAAGGACGCCAACGGCAACGGCUUCGCCACCCGCCUCUCCAACAUCUUCGUGAUCGGCAAGGGCAACAAGCCGUGGAUUUCCCUCCCGCGCGGAAAGGGAAUCCGCCUCACCAUCGCCGAAGAGAGAGACAAGAGGCUGGCGGCCAAGCAGAGCGGGUGAAGCGGACUCUGGGGGACUCGAGGGGGGGGCGUUUACACUGGUUUAUGCUUGAGGUUUUAAGCAGCAUGUUGAAUUAAAAAGAGAAGCAAACUUCA